AUGACCUGUGGAUUUGAUAGUAUCCCUGACAAAAUUGUUAAAUAUAGUACCGAGAAUGUUGCCUCUCAAAUUGUGGACAUAAUCAAUGACUCCUCUGAAACUGGUGUGUUUCCAAGGAAACUUAAGCAGUCAACAGUAACACCAGUUUAUAAAUUGCUAGACUUCCUAAACCAAAAUAAAAUUCUUGUAAAUCCACAAAAUGGUUUCAGAAAAGGCAAAUCUACACAAACAGCUCUCUUCAGUUUCCUAAAACUUGUCUACAAAGCUAUUGAGGACAAGGAACUGAUCUGUGGGUUGUUUUUGGACCUUUCCAAAGUGUUUGAUCUUAUAAGUCAUAAUCUACUGCUCUUAAAACUGUAUAGGCCUAAUUAUGGUGUCCGUGGUAUUUCCUAA